AUGACAACACAUGCAUGGAAUACACAGCGCAAUGUGCCUCCCCCAGUAGGUACCUAUACCAAGAACCGCAAACCAAUCAACCGGAUCGUCUUGAAGCCGGUUUCUGAAAUGUCGUCACCACGCUUGCUCGCGAAAUUGCUUCGACCACUUUCAGUUAUCUUAAAGAAAGCAGGAAGAUGA